AUGGCAACUGCAAACAUAAAAACUGAAGAUGACGAACGCGAACAAUGGCAAGCAGCUCAAACAGCAUAUAAUCCACAUAAAUGGGCCGAUCUCAGUGAUGAAGAAGACGAUGAUAUAGAUAAUCCUGAAUUUUUUGAUGCACAUGAUAAUGAUUUUCAUCAAAAUCCAUCAUCUUCUACAGAAGGUCAUGCUGAAGCAGAACUUUUACAUAAUCGUCUUAAUUCACAAUUAUCUACAAGUGAACAAGUUCAAAAGAAAUCACCAGAAGAUCCAUAUUUUAUGGAUGAAGAAUUACUUGUUGAACGUGAAGCACUUUUAACAGAAGAAGAUAAAGAAAAACGUCAUAAAGAAUCACAAACAUCAAAAGAAGAAGGUAAUGAUUUAUUUGGUCGUGGUGAAUAUGAUCAAGCAUUAGAAAAAUACAGUCAUGCAUUAUCUUUAUGUCCAAUGAAAUAUACUCAUGAUCGUGCUAUUAUCUAUGCAAAUCGUGCAGCAUGUUUAAUGAAGAUGGAGAAAUACGAAGCUGCUGUUCAAUCUUGUACAAUAUCAAUUAAACUUGAUCCAAAUUAUAUCAAACCUUAUGUACGGCGUGCUGAAUCUUAUAAAUCUAUUGAUAAAUUAGAAGAAGCAUUACAAGACUAUCAGAAAAUUCUUGAACUUGAUCCAAAUAAUGCUCAAGCACGAAGAGAAGUCUAUAUUUUACCCGAUCAAAUAAAAGAUCGUAAUGAAAAAUUAAAAGACGAAAUGUUAGGUAAAUUAAAAGAAUUGGGAAAUAUGGUAUUAAAACCAUUCGGUCUAUCCACAGAUAAUUUCAAACUUCAACAAGAUCCAUCGACUGGCUCUUAUAGCGUUAAUUUUCAGAAAUGA